GGGCGGGGCCCGGGGCCCGUCCCCUCCCGUCCGUCCCCUCCCGCCCGUCCCGGUCCCCGGUGCCUGUCCGCGGCCCGGAAGCCCCGUCGGGCCGGGCGCCGACCCGCCGACCGACCGACCGACCGACCGACCGACCGAACCGACCGACCGACCGACCGACCGAGCGAGGCCUCCUCCCUGUGCCCGCAGCCCCGCGCUCAGCGCUUGGGACCGGAGACCCCCGCCGCCGCCGCCGCCGCCGCCGCCGCCAUGCCGAAGCAUGAAUUUUCUGUGGACAUGACGUGUGAAGGUUGCUCCAAUGCAGUCACUCGGGUCCUCAAUAAGCUUGGAGGGGUCCAGUUCGACAUCGACUUGCCCAACAAGAAGGUGUCCGUUGACUCGGACCAUAGUGUGGAAACACUCCUGGAAACACUGAAGAAGACCGGGAAAGCCACCACCUACCUGGGAGCCAAGUAGUCACGGCCAGGCUGAUGGGCUGGGCCCCAAUCCUGGCUGGCAGGAUGGACCAAGGAGCCUCAACAUGGCUUCAGUGAGAAGAUGGCCUUAUUUACACGUCUCCGGAAGACCCGCUGUCGGUGACCUCAGCACUCCUGCUUCAUGUGGGAAGAAGAGGUGGAGGGGAAAUACUGAGCCGAAAUCACCUGGCUGUUGCAAGCACCUCUGUGUCUUUCCCCGCCCCCCGCAAUAAAAUAGAGCAAUUUCUGGCCGAAAAACG